CAUUGAAAUCGUUUCCUCCAAACUAAAUAAUGGGACGAUGGACGAAUACGGUUGUAAGAGUUGUGACAAUCAUAUUAUCAACCGCCAUAGUAGUAGCUUCCUCACAAGCCUUACCUGACUGUGACGAAUGGUGCGGCGACCUGCAAAUUCCAUAUCCAUUCGGAUUAAAACAAGGAUGUUAUCUCAGCCAAUCAUUCUUGAUUACAUGCAACAAAACCACUAGCCCUCCGAUGGCGUUUCUAAUGGACACAAACAUUAGCGUUACCAAGAUAUCACUCAACGGCGAGCUCCACAUGUUGCAGCCCAUAGUCCGAUAUUGUUACGCGGAAGUGCCAGUAGACGGUCCUUUUGUCCCCAACUCAACCAAUCUUUCGGUACCGACGACCUUACCGAUUGCGGAUGGCAAAAACAAGUUCGUGGCCAUCGGUUGCAAUACGUUUGGUUUAUUUGGCGGGAUACUAAACGGAAGUGAAUUUCUAACUGGGUGUAUUUCAUUAUGUUUAAAGGACAGUAGUACAGAUGAUGGAGUGUGCAAUGGGAAUGGAUGUUGUGAGUUGGAGAUUCCAAAUGGAUUAAUGGAUUUGAGUUUGUUUGUGGGUCAACUCUUGCCUGAUCUCACUUUCAUCAAGUACAAUCCUUGUGGGCAUGCUUUUGUGGUUGGAGAUGAAGGGUUUGAGUUCGAAUCUAAGUAUACGGAGAGUUUUAAAGAUGUGGAAGUUGAAGUUGUGACUAGUUGGGCUAUUGGAAAUGAAACUAAUUUUGAUUGUGGAUCGCAUAGUGAAAGGAAUAGUAGCUUCUCUAAUGAUGGAUCUAAAUUUCAUUGCCAAUGCUUCGAGGGUUUUCAAGGGAAUCCAUAUCUCCCACAAGGUUGUCAAGACAUAGAUGAAUGUAAGGAUGAAAAACUGAAUCAGUGUAAAUACAAGAGCAAGUGCGUUAACACAAUCGGAAACUAUACGUGCAAAUGUCCUAAAAACUUUAAAGGAGAUGGAAGACAUGGGGGAGAAGGUUGCACUCGAGAUUACAAGGCUUUCCUUCCAAUCAUAAUUGGGAUUGGAGUAGGAUUCACAGUUUUUGUAAUUGGUAGCAGUUGGAUAUUCUUGGGUUACAAAAAGUGGAAGUUCAUCAAAAGGAAAGAGAAAUUUUUCGAAGAAAAUGGAGGUUUCAUACUUCAGCGACAACUUUCUCAAUGGCAAUCCCCAAAUGAAAUGGUCAGAAUUUUCACCCAAGAAGAGUUGGAGAAGGCCACUAAAAACUACGACAAUAGCACUAUUGUUGGUAAAGGUGGGUAUGGUACCGUUUAUAAAGGAGUCUUAGAGGAUGGUUUGACAGUGGCAAUCAAGAAAUCAAAAUUUAUAGACCAAUCUCAAACUGACCAAUUCAUUAACGAAGUGAUUGUUUUGUCUCAAAUCAAUCAUCGCAAUGUGGUUAGACUCUUGGGCUGUUGUUUAGAGACACAAGUCCCAUUGUUGGUGUAUGAGUUUAUAGCCAAUGGCACCCUCUUUGAACAUAUCCAUGACAAAACCAAGUAUUCUUCUCUUUUAUGGGAAGCUCGUCUGAAAAUAGCAUUGGAGACUGCAGGUGUGCUUUCGUAUUUACAUUCUUCAGCUUCUACUCCGAUUAUACAUAGAGAUAUCAAGACGACAAACAUACUUUUAGAUGACAAUUACACUGCAAAGGUCUCUGAUUUUGGAGCGUCGAAGUUGGUUCCAAUGGAUCAAACACAAUUAUCCACGAUGGUGCAAGGGACAUUAGGGUAUUUAGACCCAGAGUACUUGUUAACAAGUGAGUUGACGGAGAAGAGCGACGUGUAUAGCUUUGGAAUAGUGUUGUUAGAGCUUAUAACCGGGAAGAAGGCGGUGUGUUUUGAUGGGCCAGAAGAGGAGAGGAAUCUAGCAAUGUAUGUUCUUUGUGCAAUGAAGGAAGACCGGUUGGAAGAAGUUGUGGAGAAGAGGAUGAUGGUGAAAGAGGCAAAUUUUGAAGAAAUUAAAGAAGUGGCCAAGGUAGCAAAGAAGUGUGUGAGAAUUAAAGGGGAAGAGCGACCCAACAUGAAGGAAGUGGCUAUGGAGUUGGAGAGAGUACGAUUAAUGCAAGUUCAACAUUCAUGGGUUAAUAAUAAUAAUUUGUCCAACGCAGAGGAAAUGGUAUGCUUGUUGGAUGUUGAAGCUCCAGAAUCCGAACAUUUUGCGGUGAGUGGCACUAUGAAUACCGCUGGGGAUAGCAUAAAAGCUCGAAUUUUGACUCACAUCCACCGUGGAAGAUGACUUUAUUUUAUUUAUACACGCUUUCUUAAAGAUAUUAUGAACGUUCAAUCAAGCAUCAUGUAUUUUCUAUUAUCCAUCUGUUAAUAGCUUAAACAUGUUUGGAAGUCUAGAAAAACAGUCGAUACAGCGGAAUAAAUUUCGAUCAUGAAAAUGACAAAUAAACAUGGAGGAAAACACACAGCCCUUCAGUUGCUCUCUACACGGUUACUGUCCUUAUGGGUGUUAUCUUAUCAUACAUUUUCCGUACAGUUUCAUUCUCCUCACUCAGGAAACGAGAAAAGAAGUGGGUAUUAAA